UACAUCGUCCCUCCUCUCUCUCUCUCUCUCUCUCUAAAAUUAGGGUUUUUUCUGUUACUGUCUACGAGAAGAAACCUAGAAAGCAUAGGGCUUUUCUCAACAUUCUUUAACUAAAGGUAGAGGCGUGAAAUUAGGGUUUUUCGCCUCCUCGGUGGGCUUUGACACGUAGAUGGUGUGAGUUUACAAGCCUCUCCAAGGAGAAGCUUUCAAUUCGGUGGGUUUUCUUUAAUGGCGGAUUCCUUAACAGCCGAGCUGGUUCUGCUGUUAAAGAGAGUCAGCACGCACUUGACUGUGAAAAUCUCGAAUCUAUUGAUGCUUCUAAGCAAUCACAAGAGCAUGGAUAAUUUUCAGAAUGCCGGUUCGAUUGGAGCUCUCGCUGGGUUUGCUAUUGCAAUAGUGUUUACUUGGAAAUUCUUGAGGUCCCCUGGUGGACAACAGAGAAGGCAACCAAAGAGAAGGGGUGCUGCAUCUAGCAGUAGUGAUGGCACUCAACUAACUCCAAGUGAAGUUGCUUCCCCAUAUCCUCUCUCCCCUGUAAAUGAUUCAAAGGGGCAAGAUGUAGUUGAGGAGUUACCUGCCCCAGUUAAGCUUACUCUAGGACAAAUAGUGAGAAAGAAGCUAAAUGGUGGCAGGAAGAUGACUUGUCAGUUGCUUGGAGUAAUCUUUGAGGAAAAAAGUCCAGAGGAGUUGCAGGAACAUGCAACUGUGAGGCCUCUUGCUGCAGAAGUUUUGAUGGAAAUAUCUAAAUCUUGUGACCUUUAUCUCAUGGAACGAAUUAUUGAUGAUAAAAGUGGGGAAAUAGCUCUUUCAGCGUUGGAGGCUGCUGGACUCUUUACAAGUGGUGGCUUGAUUAAAGAUAAGGUUCUCUUCUGUAGCACAGAGAAUGGGAGAUCCUCCUUUGUCCGGCAACUUGAGCCAGAUUGGCAUGUUGACACAAAUAUUGAGAUAAUAUCUCAAUUAGCUCGGUUCAUCCGAUAUCAACUACACAUCUCACCAGCUGGACCCCCCCAUAUUGCCUCUAAUGUGUUCGGUUCGACGAGCUUGGAGCAUUACUUCUCUCUCUUAGAUCAAUGCUGACACAAAAAGGUUUGGAUCCAAUUAUUCCAUAAAGAUAUAUGUUCAGAAUGAAUAUAUAUAAUGAGUUUGCUUCCCUGGUUUUGGUGAGGGCCUUAAUUUACAUGAAUCAAUGCAUGCGAUGUGGUCUUGAGAAUGCCAUGAAGUGGCGACUGUACUGGGGUGUACAAAGCUUAUGGUGGUUAGGUCUAUUGAUUUCAUUUUUUGUCUUGUGAACACUACAUUUCCUGCUGUUUUCUUUCUUCUCUAUUUGUUGCUGCACUAAUAUUUGCUUGCGAGGUUUUUAUAGACAGCAGGGUAUUGGCUUAUUCAUGUCACAUUGAAAACUACUCAGAAUUCAAAGUCAUGGUAGUUGUAAAUUAAUGUAUGAGUUGACUAUGGUUUGGGUUUUCCUUCCUUGUUUGUUAAUAAUUUCUUUUGUUCUAAAA